GAUGAAAGCAGCGUGUGUUGUAAAAUGGCAAGCUGAACUAUGGGAAAAAAGAAAUGGCCGGGUAUCAGUUUUAAUUACAUGUUCAUAAUGUACAACAGAGAUCAGAAUGGAUUAGCCUACAAACAUUAUCUGUUUUCUCAGUUUGCACCAGAUCCCUGCUAGGAAACUGCACCCAUGAACAAGCUAGCCAUUUUUGCUCUAGCAGCAUAUAUUUCUGUGUUUUGAAACAAUCUUAUCUUACAGAGUUUCCUCACUUGUGUGUUUUGGCAACCAAUAUUUCUAUUGGACAGUAGCAACUGACAUACUCUUAAAGAUUUCCUGUCCACGAAUGCCGAAGAGAUACUUAAAAAGCCAAACAUAACAAUAAUGAUCCAAAAUACAACAUUUCAUGGCAGUGCAGUCCAAAAUGCUACUUUCCUCGGCAGUAAUGUGACAUUUGAAUGCAGAAGAAGCAGCAAGAGCAACGACAAUUACACAACUUGUUUAUUGUGUAAAAAUGAUAAUCCUGUGGACAAUUCAAGUACCCCCAUUGACCAUAAGUUUCAGUAUGUCAUUCAGAAUGCUACAGCAGAGGAUGAAGGGUUCUAUUCAUGUGUGUGUUACACUGCACAGAAAAAUCAGACAAAAAGAAGUUUCCGUAUCCCUUUAAUCCUGAAUGAUCAAGUGGAGGCUCCAAACAUAUAUCGCACUGAAAAUGAGAAUAAAAUUGUAUGUGCCAGCAAAAACAGCAGCUAUAAAUACAUAUUAUGCAUUCUGUAUCAAAACGGCCAUCAAGUAAAGAACUGUGUUGAAAAGUCAAAUAAAACUGCUGACAGAUUUUACUUUAAAAUGAAUAAUGUGAUGACUAUGGAUAAUUUCAGCUGUUUGUGUUACACUACUGAACCAUCAAAGUGGACUCAUAAAAGUUCUACAAUUUCUACAAUUUCGAUGGGAGGCAAAUAUAAUAAUCUGCAAAUAAUAAUCACAGCGGUCUGCAUUAUAAUGCUGGUCCUACUCCUCAUGGUUCUUGGUAUAACUGGAUGGAUUUGCAAAUCAAAACAAAGAAGAAAGAAAGAAGAGGGAAUCACCAGAGCUCCAGUGAAGGAUCACACCAGUUUGCAGACUCCAAGAGACAACAACCUCUGUGAAACUUCGGCCAAAGGGGGGUCCAAAACUACAAAAAAUGAACCAGAAACAGACAAUUCCACUGUGACUUACGCUAUGCUGAGUUUUACACAAGCAAACAAGGAUUUAAUCAAAGCUGAUGUCCACGACCAGUCGCCCAUCUAUUCUACGGUUAAAUAACCAAAACAAUGACUUUCUAAGA